AGCUGUUAUUAAGGAGCGCUUGGCGUGGCUUCAGGGAGCGUGCCAGGGGAUAAUCACAGAAACAACUCUCUCUCUGUCUCUGUCUCGUUUUUCAGCCGUUCUGGGGGUCUUUUCUCUUCUGGUUAUUGCCAUGGAGCCUAACAGCCCUAAAAAAAUACAAUUUGCUGUGCCAUUAUUUCAAAGUCAAAUAGAUCCUGAAGCAGCAGAACAGAUUAGGAAAAGACGGCCAACUCCAGCAUCACUAGUCAUUAUGACCGAUUCACCUUCUGAAAUAGAUGACAAGAGAAUGAACAACAACUCUCAGGAAGAAUCACAGAAUGCCUCCCCCAAACAAAGGAAGCAGAGCGUCUAUACCCCUCCUGCCAUGAAAGGGGUCAAGCAUCUGAAAAACCAGACUGGCUCUGCAUUCCCAGAAGAAGAUGAAGGGGUCAGUGAAAGAGAUGAAGAGUGGAGCCCAUAACUGGUGCUGAGGGCCUGCGGGAGAAUCUUUCUUGUUAAUAACUGAACUGCUAAACUUUCUGUACUUACAAUGGAACUUCGUUGCUUCAUGUUCCUGGCCUAAAGCACCUCAGUACCCAACAGCAGGAAAUAUUUUAUGGUGGAAUUGACAUCAGUUUGUUGAAAUAGCCUGUGAAAACCUAUAACCGAGGGAGACCUUUCUUUUACAGCCUUUUCCCUUCUUGUUUUUAAUGACUUCAGAUAUGUAGUUUGCAAAGAUGUUAAGCCUUUUAUCUUUCGUGCUGCCACAUCUUAAACUCUGAAUGCAGUCUAAGAUUGAUUGUAAAUAGUUCAGAUUUGAAUGCUUCAAAAUAAAAGACGAGAUACAUUUAGACAAGACGGUGUUUUCCCACAGUCUUUCCAACCAGAAGGA